AUGCAUAUUCCAAGAAUUCCACCAUAUUUAGCUGCUAGUUGGUUUAGUAGUAAUAGUGUUUCAACAGUAACAGCUAUUGCCGUUUUUGGAAAUCAAGCAAGUUGGUAUUGCACUUGGAUUUUUGAUACCAAAAUUUUAUAUUAUGUUGUAGCUUUUGUUUGUAUUUCUUGUUUCAUUGCUAUGGUCAUUGUUUUUCAACGUCUCCCUCCAACACCACCAUCACGAGCACAAGAAAUAGCUCUUCAACGUUCUGAACAAAAUUAUGUACAAACAUUGAAACGUUUAUUAACUAAUCGAUGGUUUCUUCUAUUAUUACUUUCUUAUGGUCUUAAUACCGGUACUUUCUAUUCUAUAUCAACACUUUUAAAUCCUAUUUAUAUGUGGUAUUUUGAUAAAAAAACUGACCAAGCUAGUACAUAUGCUGGUACUAUUGGUAUGUUAUUAGUAAUUGGUGGUAUUUUUGGUAGUCUUCUUGGUGGCUAUAUUUUGGAUAAAACAAAGGCAUAUAAAACAGUAACUUUUGGUGUUUAUGUUCUUUCAUUUUUAUCUAUGGUAUUGUUUAUAUCAACUAUAAGUUUGCAUCAAUAUGUUGCUUUUGUUACAAUGACAAUAGUUGGGUUUUUUAUGACAGGUUAUUUACCUGUUGGUUUUGAAUAUGGUGUUGAAAUAACUUAUCCAGAGAACGAAGCUAUAUCAAGUAGUUUAUUGAAUGUUAGCGCACAGAUAUUUGGUUUAUGUAUAACGCAAUUACAAGAAUAUUUAAUAUUUAAAAAA